AGACAACGCAGUCAAUACAUAUAUAUUGCUUCGCCCUCAUCAAAACAUAAUUAUUAUUUAAGAAGUAUUGCACUUUUGAAAAACAGACGGACUUGUAGAGCAGAAAAAAAGAAUUAAAGCUUUCAGUGAAGUGAUGACGUCAGCAAAAUGCAUGCCGCUUGUAUGUCUGAUUCUAAUAGUUUUGAUUACUGACGUGGAGUUGAAAAAAUGUAGAAAGAAGGAAUGCAAAAAGGACAAACCCCCGAAGGUCCCUGUCGACUCUUUUUGCUCGAUUUCUGUUGAUUGUAACAAUGCUGCAAAUAGAAAAAUCAUCGAUGGUACUGAGUAUAGAAUGAGUUCCGGACAAUGUAACAAUUUGGACAAUUUUUCAUGGGGAAAUGCCGGUGUACAACAUAUUCGUGUGGUUACAAACGCGUAUGCCAACGGUAAAUGGGAACCAAGGAAAUAUAGUGUGGCCGGUACAGAGAAAAAUGAAAAGAAAAAGGGUUCAAAGAAAAAAGGACAGAAGAGAGAGCGCGUUCCAUUACCAACGCCACGCAGUGUUAGUAACGCAGUCCAUGCUACCCCAUCUGUCAAACCCGACAACGACGUGGCCGCGUCUUUGGCAUUGUUUUAUUUCAUGCAGUUUAUUGACCAUGACAUAACAAACACCCCUAAAGGCACCGUUGGCAAAAACGUUGAUUGCUGUUUAGAACCAGUCGGAUUUUGCUUACCAUUAAUAAUUCAAGCCAGUGACAAUGACAGUUUCUUUGAGGUUGGACAUUGUAUGGAAUCCAGGCGGUCGCAAACAGUUUUUCAGUGUAACGACGAUUCAGGUUUCCAAAACCAAUUUAAUGAAGUAACCGCCUACAUUGAUGGUAGCGGAGUGUACGGCUCUAGUGACGAACAAGAAAAACUUCUCCGCUCUUUUGUGGCAGGUUUUCUGAAAACAUCAACGGCUGAGUUCAUGCCAGAAUCGAACGAAGACCCGAUAGAUAUCGAAUGCAACACAAAUCCGCCAGGUUUUUGUUUUGAAGCAGGUGACAAACGAUCGAAUAUACAUCCAAGUCAAACAUCUUUGCAUACCGCAUUUCUUCGAGAGCAUAAUAGAAUAGCCAGUAUCCUGGGUUCAAAAUACGCAGAGUGGACUGACGAAAAAAUAUUUCAAGAGACAAGACGAGUUGUUGAAGCCGAGAUACAACAUAUUGCAUUUACUGAGAUGUUGCCAGCAAUGCUUAGUGAUAGUACCAUGACAAAAUAUGGACUAUCUGAUGCACAUAAGUAUGACCCAGCCACCGACGCUACUAUUAUACAAGCAUUCGCAAUUGCUUACAGAUUUCACAACUUGAUGCCAGCGAAGUUUCAUUUUGCCAUGGAAACCGAAUCGUCUGCAACUACCACUGAUGUCAAGAAUCAAGAAGAUGUUUUCCACGAUCCAUCUAAUGUAUUUAACAACAGAUACCAUGGUGUGGACGAAAUAUCCCUUGGAUUUUCACUGAAUAAAUGCCCCUAUGUAAACGGCAUGAUGAAUGGUGCCUCAAGAAACAAAUUUCCUGGAGCGGUAGAUCUAGCAGCCCUAGAUAUUGAGAGAGGGCGAGAGUGGGGCACGCCGUCUUACACACAAUUCAGGUCCUUUUGUGAUCUUGGAGACGCCAGAGAAUGGUCUGAUCUGUUGAGUACACAUGACCAGGGUGAUAUUGACAAGCUAAAAUCAGUUUAUGCAGACCCACGUGACAUAGAUUUAUGGACAGGUAUUGUUACUGAAAAAGUAAUCGGAACUUCACUAUCCGGAGCAACCCAAUCCUGUUUGAUAGGCAAACAAUUUGCAAACAUCAGAAAUGGCGACAGAUUCUGGUACGAAUCAAGGCUUUCAAAAGACCAAUUAGCAGAGAUUAAAAAGGUAUCUUUGGGAAAGAUCUUAUGUGACAACUUGAAGGUAACAAAAAUGCCAGAAAAUGUCUUCAAUACAGGAUCAACAUGGCUUAAUUGCAGUUCGUUUCCAGAAGUUGAUCUAAACUUGUGGUAAAGAAUGAGGGAAAAAGCAAACAAGCAAACAACGAUUUUCUCCCAGAAACUCUCUCUAACUGUGUCUGUUAAAAAGUUUGAAACAGGAAUAUCUUCUUUUUUCCCCUGUUGUUAUAUUCAAAGCACAUUUUAGGUUUUAUUUGGUAUUAUCGAUACGCAAUGUAAAAUUGCAAUACUGAGCUUUACUAUUAUCUUAUUAACUAUUAUCAGUUCUAGGUAGGCUCUUUUUAAAGACUCAUUAUGCAUCAUAAAUGAAUAUUUGUUACCUUCUUUAGAAAGGGCACACAUUGUUUUUUUACAUUUAAAUAAUGAUUUAAGAGCACGUUAGAUGCUUUUCACCUGAAGAAAUGAAGAAAGUUGCAACGAAUGUUGAAUGUGGAUAUAGUUAAUAUAACAGUAACAAAAUAACAAAGUACUAUUUUCAUUUCCACACAAAUACUAAAUCACUAUAAGGGUAUUAAUUGCUAAAAGGCAACAGAACCAAAGAUGAUUCACUUAAUUUAUCAAGAAGAAACUUUUUUUGACACUAUAACAUAACAAUAAAAUAAAUGCUUUUGAGGAAUAAAAAUAAUAACAUUUUUGGAGCAUAAUGGGUCUUUAAUAAUGUAAAUCGGGAUAGUAAAAUGGCAAAACUGACUACUCAAUAUAUUUUGGCAUAACCUCGGCAUUUAUUCUAAUUUUUCAUUAAACUUUUGUUAAAGCUUAUAAUUAAGAUUAUUUGAAGAUAAAAUAAACAUAUGAACUCUAAAAUAUUCUUAUUAUUAAUUGAAUUUUCAU